CAGAAACAUUUCUGCAGAACCAGGAAACAUUUCCAUCACUGUGGAAUGAAUGGUUUUCUUGAGAGACACACUUGUGAUACCAUAUGCUCUUUACAUGAAAGGAGAUAAAACUCCUGAGAAAAUACUGAACUACAACAUUGCCUAUCGGCCUAAUUUCCAAGAGGAGAAGGGAAUUCCAUAAAUGGUUUGAUGACUACCAGAAAGAUGUCAGAAGACACGAAAUAAGGACUUUUGGAAUGGAGGAUAAGAGAUCUCCCUGGAGCUCCAGAUGUAUGUAGAACCAGCCCCCAAAUAUAUCCUUUGAUUCCCAGCCUGUUCAGCCCUAGAGAUUGCUAAGAGCAGAAAAUGUAAUAUAUAUUAAAAUCAAUAUGGUACCUCUUCAAUGGUUUUGUCAAUUGCCUGAGCAGCUGCUACCUGUAGUAAGUUCCAGGGAAGCUGUGAUGUUUAUAUUUUGGAAGUAAACAAUGGGAAAUUUAUGUAAGAAGAAUAGAGCUCCUAAUCUUUGAUGUCAAUGAGUUCAACUCCUAGAGAUGGAAUAGAUGGAGAAACUGAGUCCCAGAAAUGUGAAGUGAUUGGCUAUAUAGAUGGAGAAACUGAGUUCCAGAAAUGUGAAGUGAUUGGCUCAGUGUGAUUGGAACCAGUCACACCCAAUCAAGGAGAGAGGAGAGGGACACAGAGGAUGGAUGGGGCUAUGUGAGCAAGUCGCAAAGAAGUAGCGGAAAAUCAAUUUUGUUCGGUGUCUUUUCAAGGACUGGUUAAUUAAGGGACUAAAGCUCCAUCUCUGGUCUCCAAGUAAAGCAAGAAUGAUGGUAGCUCAGAAGAUGGAGAACUGAGCCCUCAAGCCUCUCCCCACUGUUUCUCAUACCAGGUGGUCUUGUCUGCGUGAACGAAGAAGCCGCGGCCUCCGAGGCUCUGCAGGCAGCUCUUGGCCGGUCUAGGUUACCGGUGAUUAUUCAUCUAGCCUCGAUCCAACAGUCGCGAGCAGGAGCAAAGCCUCCCCCUUCCCCCCACCCUCCCUGCUACCUUGGAGAAAUCGAGCAGGAAAGUGUUGGAGGUAUUUUAGAAGCUGUGGUUCGCCCGCAGGUGAGUCAGUCCAGGGAAAGAACGAAGCCGAGGACGGUUUAGAAAGAAGUUCCAGGAACAAGUUUAGAUGCGUUUAACUCGCACUAUGGGCUUGUACAGCACGAAAAACAACUGCCAUAGUAAAGAACAGUGAAAACCACUACAAGAAACUUUUGAGCCUGAGAGUAGCCUCAAAUGAAAAGGGGCAUCCCCCCUCCACACUUUGGGGCAGCUUUCUCAGAAGUACUCGCCUCUCGGGACUUGGUUAGAGAGAGACUAGAUUCGGUUAUUCCAGAAUUUCUGCCUUGCUCUUUUAUUACACUGACAAUGGGAAAAGUGGGUGGCGAAUGGGCAACAAGAUAGAGGACGAGGGAGAAGGGAAGACUGAGGGCUAAUGGCAUCGCACAGGAGCAGCAGCAGAAGAAGAAGCAGUGAUUUGCUCCUGCACUGUGACCCGGGACAGCAGAUUUUUUUUAUACUCCCCUCACCACCACCACCCCCCCUCCUCCCGAGCCCUUUCAAUCCACCGCUUCCCCCUCCUCCCUCCUCCCUCCUCUUUCCUUUUUAAAGGACUCCUUCCCGGGAAAGCUGUCAGCAGCCAGGAGAAGCUGUUUGUACUCUGCUCGGACUAGAGCAGCCGCCUCUCCAUCGGCCUGGCCCAGUGGGGAUGAGCCCUCGCGGGGAGCGCAGCAGCGCCCUCACAGCCGGCCUCCUCUACUGUCUGGACGCCACCACACGUGGGACGCUUGUUCCCUUCCGACUGGGCUCCGGUCCCUUAGGCUACUUGUGGCUGUGUGUAGAGGUGCGGGAAGAAAUAAAUUACACGCUACGACCUCCAUCAGCAAGUUCCCACCUCUUGGUGUGAUUCUUCCUGCGAGGAGUUGGGAGGGAAGGAGGGUGGCAGGGUGUUAGAAGCGCCCCCCCAGGCCCAGAGAGCUAUGAGCCGGGUAAAAAGCCUCGGCGGCAGCAGCAGAAGCAAUAAGAGCAGCCCCAGGAGCCCUGGCCACCGAAGCAGCAGCAGCAGCAGCAGCAGCAACAACAACAGCAGCAACAGCAGCCAGAGUAGUGAUCACCCUUGCCCCCUCUGGCGCGUCCCGCUACCCUGUGGAUCCUGCCGUGGGCGCCUCCCGUAGCCGUUCUCCCAGAGUACUCAAGUAAGAGAGCCUUUCAGGCCAGACAGGGUUCUCUGCUUCAUUCUACCUGAUGCACCAUGCUGGCCUCGGGACUGCGGGGACUAGAGAGCCACCGGGGCUGCCUGCCAGGCUCGUGCUGAUCUCAGUAGGAGCAGUCUCUGAGGUGGGGGAAAACUUUGGGUGCCGGGCUACAGCGCACCCUGCAGCUUCACGAUCUACUGCCAGAGAGAAGCAUCUACAGAUCCUACAAGCUGCCUCCCUCCACCCCACACGUUCCUUUCCCUAAAAUCCUUAGGAAAGGUGAUGGGGGCGCUGCUGGCACUCUGCCUCCUCCUGGGCUGGCUGCGCUGGGGCCCCGCUGGGGCGCAGCAGGAUGGAGAGUAUUGCCAUGGCUGGGUGGACGCGCAAGGCAACUACCACGAGGGUUUCCAAUGUCCAGAGGGCUUCGACACCCUGGAUGCCACCAUCUGCUGUGGCUCCUGCGCCCUACGUUACUGCUGCGCUGCUGCAGACGCCAGGCUCGAGCAAGGGGGUUGCACUAACGACCGUGGAGAGCUGGAACACCCCGGCAUCACAGCGCAACCAGUCUAUGUGCCGUUCCUGAUUGUUGGUUCCAUUUUCAUCGCCUUCAUUAUCCUGGGCUCCUUGGUAGCUAUUUACUGUUGUACCUGCUUGAGACCUAAACAAACCUCUCAGCAGCCUAUUCGUUUCUCCCUUCGAAGUUACCAGAAUGAGACCCUACCCAUGAUUCUGACCUCAACUAACCUCAGGACACCCUCAAGGCAGUCGAGCACUGCAACCAGUUCCAGCUCCACUGGAGGCUCCAUUCGAAGGUUUUCUUUUGCCAGAGCGGAGUCGGGCUGCCUGGUGCCCUCACCUCCUCCACCUUACACAUCGGGCUGUUUACAGACCGGGCAUUCGAUCCACCUGACCCAACCUUCAGGGUUCCUGGUGUCACCACAAUAUUUUGCCUAUCCUCUUCAGCAGGAGCCAACACUUCCUGGGAAAAGCUGCUCGGACUUCAGCCCGAGUUGAUCUGAGUAAGGCAGCAGAGGGAAGGACAAGUGGAGCUUCUGAGUUUUGCUCAUGUUGAUGCUUAGGUGAUGUUCUGGGGCAUCAAAACAUUAUGGAGAGAUAUUUCUUUUCUAGAAUUAACCCGUUCUCUCACUUGGGUCACACAAAGGGGAUGUUUUAGGGAAUUGCUUUUUUGCCUUUUCUUUUAAAAAGUGGAUCUCUACACUUAAAUUUGAUAUCUUUACUCACAAAAUUGCAGCAACUAGAAGUUUAAGCCAGCAUUCCAUUGAAAACAUUUCACUGGUCAACUCAAAACAUUAUUGUAUAAGCAAUAUUAGAAGGUGCUCUUCUAAGCUAAUUUAAUUAUCAUGGAAAAGGCAGUUCCUGAUUAGAGCAAUCAGAUAUUCAUUAAAAAAAACCCUAAUCACUCCCUAAUAAACUAAGGGAACCCUGAACAUCUUGGACAGUAUUUAAGUGUGUUGAAGUAAUUAUUGUAUGAAUAAUCACACAAUUAAAAAUACAUGCUUUUCAGAAGAUAAGAUAUGAAAAAAUUCAAAAUUUAAUAAGCAAUUUUUGUUGUUAGGCAAAUCCUAAUUAAAAUUUCUCCCUGGGGAAUAUUUAUUGUGAACUUUUGUUCAGUGACAUUUAGUAUAUAAAUGAAAGUUGGACAAUUGAAGUUUAAAGUUUUAUUUGUGAAAUUAAUUAUGUAAAAAUGUAAAGAUAUUUGUAAUUUAAUGUAUUUACACAUUGACAAUACUAAUUAUUUAGUAAUCACACUGAAUUUUUAUGUUAAUAAAAGCUGUGGUUGAAA